UUUAUUUCCUGCCAUACAGUUGUAGAGAGAUUAAUCGCCUCAUUGUGAUGUAUAAUCACAUUUAGAUAGUCAUGUACUAGUAAUGCUUAUAAAUUCGAAUCUUACUUGCUCCACCCAAGUACGAGGCCGUUCUUGGGAAAUAGGGAAUUUGGAGCGCGCAGUGGUGGUAGCAACCUUCUUAUUAUAGCUCAAUGGUUGCAACACACAUCAGCAAAACUGAAACGAUAGGUGGAUUCUCAUUGAAUAAUUGUUUGGCUCUCGUGGCUGGGUGAAAGCCCAUGAUGACACACAUUUACAAACAAGCUGAAACCGCAUAAGAAUAAGAGGACAGAUGACUCGACACGAACAUAAUCAUUUUCACGGGACCAUGGGAAACAGAAAUACGCUUUUUUAAAAUUAUUAUUCGUUGACUAAUGAAUGAAUCCUUGAUCAUGGACUGCUAGUUAGUUUGCCGCGCGUUAGCAGGUUGAUAGUCCGGUAUUGCUGGCCAGUUGCAUUGCCUAGGUCCUAUAGGUAUUUGGAUUGGCUGUGUGGUUGUAGAUAUAGCAUACUAGGCUUGGAUACAAUCAUCAGGUCAAUUCGACGGACUUUCCAUUCUAGCUAUAUUCAACCAUCCCAUGUUUACUCGGAGGUGUAUCAAAUUGGCUGGCUAGUUAACUAGCUAGCUAGCCACCCACACUGAAUCUGACUGGAAUAUAUUCCACGUUGCUAGCUACUGUAUUGUUUUCCCCCAGGAUUUUUGUAUUUAUCUAACAUUGAGCGUUUAAUAGUCCGAUAACAUUAACAGUACCUAGCUAGCUACUUAGCUAGAGAUAUUUUUGCCCAAUUCCUUUGAAACUUUACACAUCGAGAUUUCCCUCAAUAGCUAUAUCUUUAUAAACGAAUUAAUUUAAAAGCUACUGUAGCUAAUUUAGUGUUUUUAGUUUUUCGAUUUGGAAAAUGGAUGCGGGUAUUGAGAAGGAAUGCAGCUCUCUGGGAGGGCUCUUCCAGAUCAUCAUGAACGACAUGAAGGCUAGUUAUCCAGCCUGGGAGGACUUUGUAACCAAAGGAGCUAAGCUACAAUCCCAGCUAAGGGCGACCAUUAUCGUCACAAGCUCUUUCCUGGAUGCCUUUCAGAAGGUGGCAGAUAUGGCGACUGGAACAAGAGGGGCAACAAAAGAGAUUGGCUCAGCCUUGACAAGAAUGUGCAUGAGGCACAGAAGUAUCGAGUCCAAACUGAAGCUCUUCACCACGACACUAACAGAUACCCUGAUCAACCCCCUGGAGCUGAAGAUUGAGGAGUGGAAGAAGGUGGCCAGUCAGUUGGACAAGGACCAUGCCAAAGAAUACAAGAAGGCCCGCGCGGACAUAAAGAAGAAAUCCUCAGACACAAUCAAGCUGCAGAAGAAGGUUAAGAAAGGAAAGGACGAGGUGCGCGGGCAGCUGGACAGCGCCCUGCAGGACGUGAAUGUGCGCUAUGCUGUGCUGGAGGAGACUGAGAAGAGGGCCGUGUGCCGGGCGCUCAUCGAAGAGAGGGGCCGUUACUGCGCCUUUGUCAGCAUGCUCAAACCUGUGCUGGAUCAUGAGAUCUGCAUGCUGGGGGAAGUGACCCACCUGCAGACCAUCCUGGAAGACCUGAGCAACCUGACGGCUGAGCCCAGCAAACUGCCCCCCGCCAGCGAACAGGUGAUCCUGGAUCUGAAGGGAUCCGACUACAGCUACAGUUACCAGACGCCCCCUGCCUCCCCCAGCAACACACUGUCCCGCAAGAGCAGCAUCAGCAGUAACUACAACUCCGUUAGGCAUGUCCCCUCUCUGGACUCCAUCACCACCUCGGUGGAUGGCAUUCACCUCCGCCCACCCUCCAUGAACCCAGCACAGCGCCGGUCGCCCAGUCCGUUGGCACGCUUUGAGGGCUGGGACGGCACCGCACGCUCCCUCAGUGAGGGAAACUCGCCAACCACCUCCGCCCGCUCUGGUGCCCACCGCACCCAUGUCCGCUCUGCCAGCCGCAGAGACACCACUGAGUUGAGCAGGCCGUGGUCGGGGCAGAUCGGUCCGUGCACAGAGAAUGGCAUGGCCAUGCCCCCUCCACACAACGCCUACACACAGCACGGAGAGAGAGCCCGCGCCAUGUCCACAUCCGGAAAGCCCCAGAGUGCCCGGGAGAAGCUGGCCCUGACCCUGGGCGGAGGGCUCAACUCGGAGGCCCCCCACACCAGUCGCGACUCCCUCCACUGUUCCAGUGGCUACAGCACGCAGACCACCACGCCCUCCUGCUCCGAGGACACCAUCCCCUCCCACGCUGUAAAGAAAGAACCUCCUCUUUAUGACUACGACUACAUCUCCCUGCACGGGGGCGAGGAGGUGCACCACAGCCCGCCCGACUUCGACAAGUCCUCCACCAUCCCGCGCAACAGCGACCUCGGCGUGCAGUACCGCAAGAUGUUCCAGAGCAAGCGGCCCGCCUCGACCGUCAGCCUGCUCGCUGAGCCCGAGCCGCUGGGCCUGCGCCAGACGCACACUGCCACCAUCCGCCGCAAGCCCUCAUCCAAGCCCGCCUACCGCCGCGGCACCCUCAGUGGCGGCGUGCCUAUCCCUAUCUGCACCCCCCAGGUUCCCUUCAAAGCCUUGGGCGGAGGGGUAGGUGGAGGCAACGGUGGUGGAGGGGGGAGCAACGAGAACGUGGGGCCUCCAGGGAGUGGUGUGGGGGCGGGCGGGAUUGGCAUGAGCAGGACGGUGGACCACGGGCAGGUCCACGCCAAGCACAGUCUGUGCACUUCCACCCAGAGCCUGAGUGCCAUGCCCUCGCACCACUCAUCAUCCACGUCGCCCUACUACUCACUGAUCCCGGGCCAGGCGCCAGUGCCCAUGGGCAGCUCGGAGCAGCUGUACCAGCUGAGCAAGCAGCAGCAGUUCACCCUGCACCAGCAGCAGCAGAAGCAGUACCAGCAGCAGCACCUACAGUACAACCAGCAGCAGCAGUUCCAGCCGCCCCAGACACAACAGUUGCAACCAGCAGCCCAGACACAACAGUUGCAACCAGCAGCCCAGACACAACAGUUGCAACCAGCAGCCCAGACACAACAGUUGCAACCAGCAGCCCAGACACAACAAGCAGCCCAGACACAACAGUUGCAACCAGCAGCCCAGACACAACAGCAGUUUCAGCUACAGCAACAGUUCCAGCAACAACAGCAGUUUCAACUACAGCAACAGUUCCAGCAACAACAGCUACAGCAGCAACAACAGUUAGAACAACAGCAGCAGAUGCAACAGCAGCUUUACCAGCAGACACAACAGCAACAACAGUACCAACAACCGCAACAGCAGAAGCUCCAAUAUCAAAAGCAGCAACAGCAGCAACAGUUUCUGCAGCAGUCUCAUCUCCCACAACAGCACAACGCGUAUGGCACUGCCAACCAGCUGAUGGAAAGCGGGCACUGCCCUCCCCCCCAGCAGCCCCCUGACGCCCCAGACGCCCAGGAGGCAGAUGAGCCCUCGGGUGGCGGAGGUCACAUGGUCACGAUGAUCCGGGGAGUGAAACUGCGUCGGACCCUGACCAACGACCGCUCUGCCCCCUUUAUCCCCCCACCCAGCCAUCUCAAAUGAGCCCCUCCCUUCCAGUGUAGGUUGUCAUCGUUUUGUUUUACGGUUCUUGCUUUUCUUUUAGCCCCGUUUUGAUUGUUAUUAUAUAUUUUAUUUUGGGGGGGGGAGUUAAGUUUCUCCUGAUAAAAUAAAGGAUGUUGCCUUUUUGGACGUUUCGUCUCCUGUAAAACGUUUCCCUCUCUCCAAUCAAAUGUCCAGCUGCACUGUGUUUUAAACUGAUUGUUAUAAUAUUCCUCAGAAGGACUCAUAGGUGAAUGUGGCCUCUUUAUCGCUCUAAUUUAAGAUUUUUAUACAUACUGAACAAGGAUACGUGUUGGCUAUAUAAAAGCUUUUGAGCACAUAGAUGAUAAAAGUCUUAUGUUUAUAUGUUGUUGAGGGAAAAAAAAUGCCUUGCUUACUUAGUCUUAUCAUCACCUGUAUAGCUGGAACCAAUAAAAACCCACACAUAUGUAUAUAUUAGCGUGAUAUGCGGAAAUCUUUAUUGUAUUUUUUUUUAUUAUUAUUAGUCGACGAAAUAGCACUGGCAUCUUUUCUGUCUUAUUUUUGUAUAAAGAACGAGCACAGGGUCAAAGUAGAGGUGCUUCCUUUUCGCCUGUACUUGGAUCUGUCUAAAAGGACACUGACGGAGCUUCUGAAUCAGUCUUGGUAGCUCAGGUUCUGAUCCAAGGUCAGUGUCAAUGGCAAAGACUGAAACAGUGGAUGUGUACUGUAUAAAAGACACAGGACUAGACCUCUAUACCUUUCUAGUCUGGAUCUCAUUCAAGAUGGGAUCAAGUGAGCUCAAUCACUCUCCAUAUACUGUAGGUCCACAGUGGCUUUAAAUACUUCGAGCUGGCUUUGCUAUUUAUUCAGUUGACUUAUUUUUUCUCUCUCAAUUCAACACACUUCACCUUUGUGGCGUAGGCGACAGGCUUCUCGUGAUGGAGGUCGACUGUACCAGUGUUUGGGCCAAUCAGAGGCUUGCACCGCAGGGCAGAGAGUGGUCACAGGGUCAAUGAAAGGCUUUGUGGGGCUUUUGAUAGAUGGGGUCAGGACCACUGUACUGUGACCUCCUUGAGCUGGAAAGUAAAGCCACCAUUGUGUGGGGGGCGAGGAGGACUGCAAUGUGCUUAAUCCCUGCCCUAAUGUAUGUCUUAAGACUUUCUUCCCAUUGCCAAGCACAUUGAUUUAGUGAUGUAUGUGGGGUAGUUUUUCAACUGGGGGCCCUGUUCCUCCCUAUAUCAAGUCUACCUUCCUGAGGUUGGAGUUCUGGUUAAUGUUCAGGUCUUUUUUCAUGCGUUAUCUCAGGGUAAUCAGUCUCUUUUAUUAGGAACGUAUGGUGCUAUUGUGACAUACCAAUCCCAGCCUAAAUUAACUGCACUGACUCCUCUCCCCCCUGACUUACUGCAUAUACACAUGACGCACUCACUGGCCAUAUUAAGGCAUUUUUAUAAUAACUGACCAAGCAAGCUGUCAAAUCAACUUACGGACGGACCAUAGAAGUCGCCGUUUGUGGAGUGGCAAUAGUUUUGCGGGCUAGGUGCUGUGGGUUAGGGAUCCUUCUGGAAUGUGAGCCCCACCCAACUGUUGUGGAAUAAUUUGAUUAAAGGCAAAUGAGUGAUCUGGCAUUGUAUUUUCAAUUUGUUUACCAUUGUGUUUUUCUUAACUGAACCACUUUAAAUGUGUGGGGGGUUUGGGACCUUUGGGCCUUCUAGCCAUUACACAUAUCUACUCUUCCCUGAAAAUAUCCCCUUAGUCGUACUGUAUAGAGAGGGUGAUGAAACCAGAGAAGCUACUGUAUAAUAGCGACGACUCCGCUAAGUGCAUAUCCCUCUCCCCCGACAUUAAACGGGACUCCGCACCCAGCUGGACUGGGUUAUUCUCUCCUCUGUCUCACAUUCCCUCCAGGUUUGUGUAGGAGGCCCAAUUACCUGACACCACUCAUCGUCCAUCGAAUGACCCCAUUGGCCGGUUUAGCCAUUGUGCUACCCCUGGCCUCUUCAUGUUGCCAGGGGUAACCCCCGUCCCCCAGAGGAACUACAAUGGCCUCUGUAAUCAAGGCCUUUGUUACAGGGUAGGCUUAUACAAUAACACCACUCCUGACUGGCUAAUUUAAAGCAAUAUCGGGCUACAUUUGAGCGACCGCUUUAAGUUCAAGGCUCCAAAUGGUAAUUACAGUACAGUGUGCAUAUCUCCCUAACCCCAAAGUACGAAGCGGCAAGGCCUUAGCAGAAUGAGCGGGGGUCUGGGAUAGUCAAAUUAUGGGGCAGCUGAGCUGACUGUUCCCUUUCUCUGUUGGGUUAAUUGUAUGUUAUCCGAUAAGAUUUGUGUUCCACUAGAAGAGCUCAGAUUUAUUUAGUUUGUUUGAGUGAAAGAAAUGAUCCAAAUUAAGUUGCAUAGACUACGGAGAUUAAAUGAAGUUUGACGUUUUCUCAAACACUGCUACAGUCCCACUCCAAACCCCACCAAUAGCAUGACUGAAGAGCUGAAUCCUGUUCUAAAAACCAUGUUCCAGUUCCUUUCUUUGACCUUGGCUUCAGCCACACUAUGGCUGAGUCCCAAAUGGCUCCCUAUUUAGUGCACUACUAUGGGCCCUGGUCAUAACUAGUGCAGUAGAUCAGGAAUAGGGUGCCAUUUGGGACAUAGGCUCUGUAGUCUGUUACCCAGGAAAUGUGUGCGAGACUGAGACUUAGUGAGCGUUGACUAGAAGCUUUGAGAAAAUCUAUGGACACUGUCCCACCUUCGCCCCAUAGAGCUCCAACUGACCAACCCUCCUUCUGUCCAUCCUGUUCUGUAAAGGGAGUUGAUCUCUUAUUGUAAACGCGUUCAAUGUAAAUUGCUAAGUGUCACAAAUGCAUCUGUGUAGUGACGCUGAAGCCUUAAAUGAAAAGAAAAGUGGGUUUUAAAAUAUAAAUGCGUUCAAAAAGUU